ACGAUUGCAGUUGUCAAAUUGCGAACGUCGUGAUGUCCCGACCAUGUCGUCAAUAUCGAAAACGCGUGUCCCGCGAUUUCCGGGUACGAGAUAUCCAAAAUUCGACAAAGUGGUCAAAGUUUCAUAAAUGGCCAAUAUAUUGAAAGAAUGGCUAUGUAGGACACUGGGUGCGAUCAUGGAUCUCACGCCGGAGACGUUUGGUCGUUACACGAGAGACGGCACCCUGCUGGCCCAGAUUCUGCAUAGCUACGAUAUAAUCAAUAGCAAUCAAUUAAGUAUCAUUCUUCGUACGCGAGACCCUGCCUUAUCUCGAUUGAACUUGAAGAUCCUGCGUAUCUGGCUGAAACUCAUCAACGUCACACUGAGUGACGAAUGCAUCGAGGAGAUCUCCAAAGUAUCGCUCGCAAGAAUGCCAAAAUGCGAAACUUUAAAAAUUAACCUGAUACGGCCUGAGAAAUGA